AAUGAAGAAAAUGUCUCAAGUAUUUUAAAACUACUAAAAUAAAGUGAUUUUCAUGUGUAUGCUUUCAGGGUGAAUUUACUGGUUAUACAGGUGGUUUAUAUCCAGUAAGUUCGUAUCUAAAACAGUGAUUGUCUUAUUUCCGAGGUGCAUGUGAAGGCAGCAGAAGUUCCCAGCCGGACAUGCAGCAGGCCUGUAUAACUUUUGGUGAUUUUAGUUUGGCUCUGCUCCCCACAAUGUCCCCCAUUUCACUGUGUAAUCGGCUGGGUUUUUAUUAAAUAAAAACGGAUCUCGUUACAUUCCAUUUAAAACAUGCUUUAAUUAAGUCUUGUGUUGUUGUCUGACCCUCUUCCUCCUCCUCCUCCUCCGCAGUGGUUUGCGCCCUCUAGUGGCAGUGAGCUCGCCGCCGUGCAAGCUUUCACACAGCGCCGGUGUCCGUCCCCACAGUCACAGUGAAAGUUGUCUCCGCUCAGCGAGGCAGGGGAGUCGGGACUCGCUAGUUUUGCACCGCCGCUGCUUCACAGGCUUUCUCCCGGAGACAUGAGACGGAAAGAGAAGCGGCUGCUGCAGUUCGCCGGGCUGCUCAUAGCGGCUCUUCUUUUCCUCCCCAAUGUCGGGCUGUGGUCUUUGUACAGGGACCGAGUCUUCGACAACUCGCCCGACACAGUGGACGGUCCGGGCGUUAUCCCGCAGAUACAGGGGGUGAACCGCAUGGGGAAGGACACCCAGGUGGGACGAGACGGCGUGCGGAGGAAAGACUGGCACGACAACGACGCAAUCAAAAGGGACGCCUCUCGAUCCGGUAACGGUGAACAGGGGAAACCAUUCCCCCUGACAGACGCAGACCGGGUCGACCAGGCCUACAGGGAGAACGGCUUCAAUAUUUAUGUCAGUGACAGGAUAUCCCUCAACCGCUCCCUCCCUGACAUCCGCCAUCAAAACUGUAAACAGAAGCUCUAUUCGGAGAAGCUGCCUAACACAAGUAUCAUCAUCCCAUUUCAUAACGAGGGCUGGUCGUCGCUGCUGAGGACCGUUCACAGCGUACUCAACCGCUCUCCUCCACAGCUCCUCGCGGAGGUCAUCCUGGUCGACGACUUCAGCGACAAAGAGCACUUAAAGGUGGCACUAGAGGAGUACAUGGUGCGGCUGCCGAAAGUUCGCAUCCUGAGGACCAAGAAGAGGGAGGGUCUGAUCAGGACUCGCCUGCUGGGAGCCGCUGCUGCCAAGGGAGAGGUCAUCACCUUUCUGGACUCCCACUGUGAAUGCAAUGUCAACUGGCUGCCUCCACUGCUGGACCGGAUCGCUCAGAACAGGAAGACUAUCGUGUGUCCGAUGAUCGACGUCAUAGAUCAUGACAACUUCGGCUACGAGACGCAGGCAGGCGACGCCAUGCGUGGGGCGUUCGACUGGGAAAUGUACUACAAACGGAUCCCCAUCCCCACAGAGCUGCAGAAGGAUGACCCCAGUGAACCCUUUGAGUCACCAGUAAUGGCAGGUGGGCUUUUUGCCGUGGACAGGAAGUGGUUCUGGGAGCUGGGAGGAUAUGACACGGGUCUGGAGAUCUGGGGUGGAGAGCAGUACGAGAUCUCCUUCAAGGUGUGGAUGUGUGGUGGUCGAAUGGAGGACAUCCCUUGCUCUAGGGUAGGACACAUCUACAGGAAGUACGUCCCCUACAAAGUUCCUGGAGGGGUCAGCCUAGCCAGGAACCUGAAACGUGUGGCGGAGGUGUGGAUGGAUGAGUACGCUGAAUACAUCUACCAGCGUCGGCCGGAGUAUCGCCACCUGUCCGCAGGAGACAUGGUGGUGCAGAAGGAGCUGAGGAGCCGCUUAAACUGCAAGAGCUUCAAGUGGUUCAUGAACGAGGUGGCCUGGGAUCUGCCCAAACACUACCCACCGGUGGAGCCCCCUGCUGCUGCGUGGGGAGAGGUUCGUAACGUGGGCAACAACCUGUGUAUGGAGACUAAACACUUUGUAUCGGGGAGUCCCAUCCGCCUGGAGAGCUGUGUGAAGGGAAGGGGCGAGGUGAGCUGGAGCCACGGACAGGUGUUCACAUUGGGAUGGAGAGAGGACGUCCGGGUGGGCGACCCCAUACACACUAAAAAAGUUUGCUUCGACGCCAUCUCACACAACAGCCCCGUCACCCUGUACGACUGUCACGGCAUGAAGGGCAACCAGCUGUGGCGCUACAGAAAGGAUAAGAGUCUGUAUCACCCCAUCAGUAACAGCUGUAUCGACAGCAGCCCAAAUGAGCGGCGAAUCUUCAUGAACACGUGUGACCCCUCCUCCCUGAGCCAGCAGUGGCUGUUUGAGAGAACCAACGCCACCGUGCUGGAGCACUUCAACCAGGGCGCCAACUGAGGCCCUACAACGUCCAAGAGAAAAGACUCGAGAUGCACGCAGACGUGGAUCUGCUGCUGCUGCUGCUGUGAAAUGGGGUAUUACAUUUACUCUGGUUCCCCGUUUAACCUGACACUGAGGUGACAGCUGUUUCUCUUUGGGCUGCUCAGAGUGAGGCAGGAUGGGAUACCGCGGGGGAAGUUGGUUAAACACAUCAGUUAGAGGAAUGACUGGGUUGAUCUUUGAUUGAUGGGUUUGAGUUUAAAAGUGACUUUGUGUGUGAGAUGUAUUCAUUCUGUCACAGCAUUGCUGCGGCAGUGGGUCUGCCUCACUUCCUGAUUUUAUUUGAUUGGUUAUCUGUUAUUCCUCAACUCUCUUUUCCCCAAUCCUUUGUUUUUAUUUCAAUUUUUUUUGCCUUUAUUUAUUAGUGUUUCCCUUUAUGUUCUUUGGUUUCUGUUUGUUUUUUCUGUGUUUCCUUUCUCUGUCUGUCUGCCUUUAUCCUCCGUCUCCAUCUCUUUCCACCUACUGUCUCUCCUGGUCCGCCUCUCCCUGCGUGUCCGUCUCUAUCUGCCUGCAUGACUGCACCUUUUCCCACCUUCUCCAUUCACCCUCUCAAAUCCCCUUAUGUCUCUCCAGCACUGACAACCUCCCAGGGGUGGGUGGUGGGAUGUGGGGGGGACACUGCUGCUGAGCCAAAGUCAUCCUGACACCUGGGUGAAGCCAGGCAGAACCACUCUGAAAAUCACCUGGUGAAUUGAUUCUCCUUUACGACCCUCAUUCACCCUCCGUUCCCUUUACUGUGUCCAUUCCCUCUUGGCCUGCGGUUUCUCCUCAGCUGCUCUCCUCCACUCUGUGGCCGAUGUGGGCAGAGCUGCUUCAUAUGUAGCAAAUGGAAGCUGACGAAGAAAAGCGUAAUAGAUAUUUAU